UCGAUAUCACUAGCAAGCAUCACCAAGCCAAAAACCGUCACCGGACUCUUCAACUCUCCAUGGCUCCCAACGGAGAAGCUUCAGUGGCAGUUGCCUCCAUGGCGCCAUUGUUGACAACUAUUAUCGGUAACCUUGGCAGUGCUUGGCAGAGGACACCAUCGUGGCCCGAGCUCCACGGCAACACUGACGGCCACAAAGAGAUGGAGCUACUACCAUCCGUUGACUACAUCACAGAGGUGGAAGAAGCCGAGUGCGAAUGUUGUGGCAUGUCGGAGGAGUGCACCCCUGCGUACAUCAGCAAGGUGCGCCGCCAGUUCUCAGGGCAGUGGGUGUGCGGGUUGUGUGCCGAGGCCGUGGCAGAGGAGGCUGGCAAGAGGGGUUGCGGACUCGAGGAGGCGCUCGUGGUGCACAUGGGCGUGUGCAGGCGGUUCAACGGCUUCGGGAGGACGCACCCGGCGCUCUUCCAGGCCGACGCCAUGAAAGGCAUCCUGAAGAAGCUCUCAGGCCUUGGAUCACCCAAGUCCAACAGCCGUAGAGAGGCGAUGGCAGAGAAGGCUGCGCCACCGGCUGCAUGAAGGUUGUCACCGUUGGAUCAUGCGAUGAUCGAUGAACUAGCUAACUAGAGUGUCGGCUGCUACUAAUUAAGGUGGUCAAUGCUGUUCUCCAUUCGCACCUUAACUAGGCUGACCUCUAAAAGAGAGUGUAGCUUAGGCAUGGUUUUUUUGCCCUUUCCAAGCUUUUGGUUGUAUUGGGUUUCUAUGUACAGUAUAUAUCUCCAUGCCUUGGGUGUUCAGUGUUUUUAUGGGGUUUUGUUUGCCUCUUUUACCUG